AUGGGUUCUCUAUACUCUAAUCUUUUUUCGAAUUGGUGUUUUACAAAUAUUAAUCCCUGGCUUGAUAAAGGGAGGAUAGUUGUUGCAUGGCUGCCAAGUUUGUUUACUGUUAAUAUUAGCUUAUGUACAGCUCAAGUUAUUCACUGUGUUGUGCACCCAAGACAGAAACAAGACAGAUUUGAGGUUACUUUUGUGUAUGGAUUUAAUGAAGAUAAGAAGAGAGCCCAACUUUGGAUGGAUUUGGAAGAGAUUUCAAUGAAAAUUCAGGGGCCUUGGAUAGUUAUGGGGGAUUUUAAUGAUAUUCUGUUUAGCAAUGAAAGAGUGGGAAAAGGAUCUACUAAAAGUCCUACUCAAGAUUUUCGAGAUUGUGUGGAAAAGUGUAACUUGGAAGACCUGAAAUACUCUGGGAUUUUUUAUACCUGGAAUAAUAAGCAGAAGCCAGAGGAUCGAGUUUUCUCUAAGCUAGAUAGAGCUUUAGUUAAUCCUCAAUGGACAGAUUGCUUUCAGUAUUCGGAGGCUAACUUUUUACCUGAGGGAUGCUUUGAUCACAGCCCCAUAUUGGUCUCUCUUUAUCAGGAUGUGAUUAGUGGCAAGAAGCCAUUUCGAUAUUUUCGAAUGUGGAAGGAUGCAGAUGAUUUUGGUGAGCGAAUUGCUAAGUGUUGGCAAGAAGGAGUUGAGGGCACGGAGAUGUAUAAGCUGACAGUAAAACUUAAACGCUUAAAACAAAUUUUGAAGUGCAUUAAUAAGGAAGGUUUUCAUGAGAUUCACAAAGCAGAAAUGAUAGCAAAGGAGGAAUUGGUGUUUUUGCAGGAAGAAAAAGCAAAAGUUUCUUGGGCUAAAAAUGGAGAUGAAAACACAGCAAUAUUUCAUGCUUCACUGAGGGCAAGGAGAAUUCAGAACAGAAUUUUUUCAAUAGAGGAUGCGCAGGGGGUCUGGUGUGAUACUCCUCUUACUGUUCAGGAAGCUUUUUUACAGUAUUAUCAUCAGCUCCUUGGAUCUGAGAUGCAGAACAGACAUCGGGUGAAGAAGUGUAUAAUCAACCUUGGGCCAAAAGUUUCUGAGGUGCAUUCCAACAGACUUGAAACCGAGUACACAGCUCAGGAGAUCAAAGAAGCUAUUUUCUCUAUCCCUGGUUUGAAGGCUCCAGGUCCGGAUGGAAGAAUUCUUAAGGCAAUUAAUACAACUACCAUUACUUUUAUUCCUAAGAACAGUUGUCCGCGAAGUGUGAGUGAUUUUCGGCCUAUCUCGUGUUGCAAUGUGAUAUAUAAGGCUGCAUCGAAAGUGAUUUGUGCGAGAUUGAGACAAAUUUUGCCUGACUUAAUUGCUGAGAAUCAGGGGGGUUUUGUACAUGGAAGAUAUAUUGCCCAUAAUAUCAUGGUGUGUCAGGAUUUGGUGAGAUUAUAUGGGCGGAGCAAUUGCAAACCUAGCUGUAUGAUAAAAAUUGACUUAAGGAAAGCUUAUGACACAAUAGAAUGGGGGUUCAUUGAAGAGAUGCUCAAGGCUUUUGAGUUUCCUCAAUCUUUUUCAGAUUUAAUAAUGGCAUGUGUAAUAACUCCCAAGUUUUCCUUGCUUCUCAAUGGCUCUUUACAGGGGUUCUUUGCAUCAAAAAGAGGACUUAGACAAGGAGAUCCCAUAUCCCCCUUGUUGUUUGUGCUUGGGUUGGAAUACUUGUCCCGAAUUAUGAGUAAGGUGGGGUCAUUACCUGGGUUCAAGUACCAUAAUAAAUGUUCAAAUCUGAAGUUGAAUCACUUAUGUUUUGCGGACGACCUCCUUAUCUUUUGUAAUGGAGAUUUUGUUUCAAUAAUUCUUAUGUUGAGGGGUUUGAAGCUGUUCUCUUCUUCUUCGGGUUUGCUUCCUAAUGCUGAGAAAACUGCUAUCUACUGUCAUGGAACAUCUGAUGCUGUUGUAGAUAGAGUGCUGGCAGCUUCUGGAUUCACUCGAAGUCACCUGCCUUUCAGGUACCUCGGGAUACCUAUAUGCUCUAGAUGA